AUGGUGACCGGCGAGUGGUACAUACCAGGCCACAAACUCAGGGGCUUCCAGGUUGAGUCAGUGACGGAGGACGCCGGAGUUACGUCAAACGGCGAGGCAAAGGUGGAGACGACGGGGAUGCAUUUCGGGGAAUUCGACUUUCAUUUUUCCGUACGAGGAACAGCAGUUUCAGCAAAACAUCCGCCACAUGGAUCUCCCUCCUCUGUACGAGGGAUCCUCAGUGCUUCAGAAGAGUUUCAGAUGAUGUCAGGUCUUGCAGAGAUCAUGUUUCUUCUCCUCUGGCUUGUCACCUUCAGAGACUUGUGGUUAUUCCCCAAGAGGCACCUCCCCAUUAAAGUACCUGGGGAUUCAAACACCUCACUUUACAAGUAG